CGAUCACAAGUUACCGUUGUUCAAGGUAAGUACGCACUCAUACGAGAUGAACAAAAACAGAACGAUUCCUCGUCCCUAAACAUUUCCAUCCUGUAGAUGCAUCUAAAAUGUGAGAAGAACGAUCUGUUCCUCAGUCCGACGAUGCACGAAAUUUGCAAUGCGUUUCACAUCAUAGUCGAUCACAUCAGUUACGUCGGCCAACAAUUGCCUCCGCUGGAUUCUUGGGUCGGCGCGAAGAUAAAACGCGAUUACAUCAAAGUUAUACUGCCAGAAUGGUAUUUAGCAGAGACUUACCGACGACUCACCGAGGCUCUGGAGAACGCUUUUCGACCGUUCACCGACUACGUCAAAAGUCUGCACGAGAAGUUCAAGAUAGUCUUCGAUCCAGAAACGAUCAAGAGCAUCGUUGUUUAUGUCAGGACCGGGCAUUCUUUCCAAGAAUACGUGGAGAAAGUCGAGUAUUUUAACGAGUCCAUUCGUGAAAUAAAUGGAAUGGUAAAUUAACAACGUGUCUUCGAU